AUUAUUCGUAAACAAACCUGCAACAUCGGCAAAGCUGGAUGAGGAGCGGAAAGUUGGCGACGCAUCAUGUGAGAACGAAGGUUUCGGUCAAGUAACAUUCUCAGCACCGCGCGCAAUCCUCACAACUUGCUCUGCGCUCGCGGCGGCACUCUUGUGUUGUGCCGCAUGCCGUGCAACUAUAUGAUCUCGGUGUCUGAGCGGGGCUCUCGUGCUAUCUUGUUUUUAGUAUUAUAAUGGACAACGAACACAGUCUAGAGAUGUGUUUCAUUAAAUGACGGCGUGGAUGGGGCGCGAGGGUCAUGAAGGUAAUCACUUCCUUUGAGUUGGAUUUUGGGGCUUCUUACUGCAGAAGGAGCGCGCUCUGCCUAUCAAUAAUUAAUCCAUUUCUGAAGCAACGGAGAAGGGGGGGAGAGUACGCAGCUCCGGAGAUCCUCGUUUUGAAGAGCAAUCAUCGGCAAAUCAUGUCACAAUCUGACAGGACUUCGAGAGGGGCUGCUGAGGAGGACAAAGGAGGAUGAAGGAGGGCGAAGGAACGGGAGAGGCAGAGGAGGAAUAUAAUGAAGUUGAGUGGGAAAGGACUGUGCACCAUCGUCUCCGGCUGCCUGCUCUUCGUCUGUGCCAUAAGCGCCGUUGUCGUCGGAUUCAAAUGCAUCGCUCUGGGCUCCAAAGUCAGAGCGCAUUUCCACCUUGGGACCGCGGCCGGGGCUUUUUACUCGGGAAUACUAGUCGGACUUGGGCAAGUGCUACUCGGGCUGGCACUGGUUUGUUGCAAGGGGAAGCCCGGCUGUCGGAAUUUUUUUCUCUUGGGGAUUUUGGUGUUCUUGUUGGGAGUUCUUACCGCCUUCUCCGGCGCUGUUCUGGACGGCGACACGGUGUCACUGGUAGAGCGGAAAUAUUCCCACUAUUGCCUCGACUCGGUGGAUAUAAACCCCUUCUGCGAGCAACUGAAGACUUAUCAGAGGGGACUCGUCGUAUCCACCAUUCUAAACACACUGGAAUGUGUUCUUGGGCUUAUGAACUUGGUCAUCAUUAAAAGGUACAAAACGGCACAGUUUUACAGAAGGAGACACUCACGGCGACAGGGCGCGGGGCCAAUCCUUUUCAGCGAGGAGCAAGACUUUUCAGUGGCGGAAUUUCAACCGGUGUCUUACAUUAACCUGGGGGUAUUUCACGUGUUCGACGAGGCAGGAGUUGAGGUACAAUGCGGGGGCCAUCCGUCGAUCGAACUCCCGGGCUACUCGCCCACGGAUCCAGAGUUAAACCAUUCUUAUCCUUUCUCGUACCCUCUUCCGAACGAGUUGCCACCCGCAUACGAGGACAUUUUCCCUGGAGAAGCAAGUAACAAGUAGCAACUGUUUGAAAGGGAUAGAAAAGUUACAAAAAUGGGCUCUAAAUUCUGCAGUGACAAUCAGUGGUUGUCCCCUUGAACUUCAGAUGUAGUUGAGUUCAAACUGGGACAAACAUGAAGAUUUUUAUUGUUAAUUCACUACCAAUGCAGAAUUCUGUUCGGUUUAAUUUCUCUGGGGUAAGUCGGCUCAUUAGUCCUUUGACAGCAUACUGGUGAAAGCAUACUGGUGUAAGCUAAUGCUGUCAACGAACUAGUUGCUUGACUUAAAGAAGGGUAGCGGUAAUAACAUAAGGCAAUUUACAAAUAACCGAAAGUGUAAGAUUCUAAAAUAGUUUUAAAAUAUAAGCGACACGAUUGUUAAUUUCAACUCUAAUUGUAUUCUCAUCUUAUGCCCAUGUUCGUUGAUGUCAUUUUAUUGUUUUCUUCCACGUUGCCUACG